CAGCUCAACUACACCGUAGUCAGGCAUUUCAAGCCCGCAUGCAAACAUCAUCGCGCACGCAAGCUGGUCAUUCGACUAAUGAUCAUCUCGCUCAGGCCGCUAGCUCGGCAUCUGCAUUUCCUCUAACGACAGAGUCUCUCAACGCUGCUCGCCCUGGGCGUAUGCCAGCUUCACCGGACAGCCAAAAUCAGGCUAUGGGGGUUCGACUCAUUUGGCUCACAUUUCAGGCACGCGUGUCCAAGAAGCUUGAUACACGCCUUGGCAUGCAUAUGGCUGCCUACGAAGACAAUCUCCUGAUUGAAGACAUUAUUGCCAGAGUUCUUGAAAUCUGGAAUACGACUUGGGUCGGAAAGUAUCCCAAGGCCUUGCGGCGCGACGAAGUUCUUCUGCGUUUUGAAGGGAACAAACUCCCCAUUCCGGGGAGCGAUAUCCUCCUAUUGGCCGACUUUUACCGCCUGCAUACCACUGGGGCUAACAAAGAAAUUUAUGUGCCGAAGACUCGCAUCAGGAAAAUACCCCCCUGAGAAUUCCCGGGCA